AUGGUCUGUAAGUGUGAUUGCAAAAAUAAGGAUUGCAAAUGCGGUGACGAUUGUAAGUGUACCGCUGACAAGUGUGCCGACCAGUGCGGCAAAACUCGUUGUUGCGGAAAGACGGUUGAAAUGAAGUGCUGUAAAGACUUCCAACAGCGAUUACCCUACGCUAAUAAAGGCAGUAUACUAGAUACAUUAUUAGGUCCCCCUACCACCCAGCUUCCACCAAUGAUCCCCGAAGAGGUUAUGAACGCUGUAGGGAAGAAACACAAGUUCGGAAUUUCUCAUCCAACCCGUAACAAUGAGUGCUCGAAUGGUUGGUGUGGAGUUGAGUGCUGCCACCAAACGACAAUAGAAGCAACGGCACUCCCAGGUUCAUUUACACCUCCUCAUCCACUGGUACUUGUGGUCCACCCUGCACCGGCUCCACUUACAUGCAUCCCAGCCUGCCAACCGUUAUGUCAUCCAGAAUGCGUACACAGACUAAAAUAUCAAGUACAACAACCACAUUAUCCGAUAUGCAGACCUGACUGUAUGCCAGCUUGCCAUGUCGACUGUCUAAUAAUUCCACCCGAACGCGUCAAAUGUUACAAUUAUCAUUGUCAGUGCUCGCCAGGAUAUGUUCCAUGUGCUGCAUUUACUUGCUGCAUGAGAUAUCCAAACAUGGUCGCCAAAAUGAAGUCUAAUGUUAAAAAUGAAAUAGAAAAUGAGACUCACGAAUCCGAGUCUGUGGAAGAUGAGGAUCAGAUUUUCCAGUUUGAUUCUGUUUCGUUGCCACAUCAUCAGCACAGUCCGCGGAAAAAUGUUAUUGUGAAACUGAAACCGAUCUACUACACUGCGACAAACAGCAAUCCGUACUCGAGAAUGCAAACAAGAAAUACUUCAAUGAUACCCUUCACGGUGCCAAGAAGGAGCACAACUACGAUCGCUCCAGUUCUGGCACUACGUCCUGAUAAAACAACAACGUCAACCAUUCCAAUUACAACUACAGAGACUCCUACUAAAACUACGAUUAGAUCUACACCAACUGCUACAUCUGUUACUAAUAUGAUUAGACAGGCACCUGUAAUCGCGGCACUUGCUGGAAAACGUCAUCCCGUAGGAGAUAUUCGGGGUCGUCACGUUAUCCGAUCAGAAAACUUUCUUGAUGUUCUCUCUGAAUUAGCGCAGGUUAAAUUAAAAGAAGAUAUUAACCAAGAUCUAACGAAUGCGGCCACGAUUAUCGACUUCAUGACCGAUAAUAUUCAAUAA